ACUUGUCAUGUUGCCUGCCUGGGCCCUCAGGAGUAAUCCACACAAUUGACUGAGAGGAAGAGGUUGAACAUGCUCUAAAGUGUGUCCGAUUUUAGGCCUAAAUAUUAGCUUGUGUUAAUUUUAAUAAGGGGAUUGGUAGAAACUUUAAUUUGUGACAUUUUCCAGAUGCCCAUAAACAGUGAUGACGUUAAAAGAAAACACAUUUAUUUCAAUACAGAAACAAUCUGGGAUACUAUUCACUCACUAUUUGAGGCAAAUAACACAAAGACUAAGCCUAAAUUGGACAAUUUGAGACGACAAAUUCUACCACUCUCCCGUUUAAGCGUGCUCUGGAAGUAGGCGGUCUUUGACCAUCGCUCGCUGUACUUCGCUAUGUGUUCUGCUCAGCUGUGAAUAAUCAGUAGAGGACAACUGGUGAUGUGCGGAGUAUUUCUGUGUUUGACUAUGUUAGUUGAUCUAUGGAAAACAAGGACUUGGAAAAGUAAAACCAAAUUCAUAAUAUAGUCUACCGAAAAACUACAGCUAAACUUUCAGAAGUUCACAGGGAGACGACUACACACACAAACAAUUGUAUAGAUAAACGAUCACUCUAUGGACUCCCAUGAAGAGUGUUGUCCAUUCCAAGUAGAAAGCACAACCUACUUCCAUUGAAUAUCUUCAGUACUGGGCAACACUGGGUGAAGUGUCUUAUGGUUCUUCUGGGAGGAGAUGCACUGUUCCUUGUCGGUGGCACAGACAGGUCCUGAGGCCUGAGUGCCAUGCCAGAGGAGUCCCACAGUACUCUCCAUAAGGGCCCAAUGGGGGAAGAAUCUCCUCGGUUGUACUCUGCCGUCUCCGUCAGUGAUUGUCAUGAGCGACCAGACGGCUACAGCCAGCUGUGUGCUGACCCUUCGGAGGGAGAGGCUAAGCGUCCAGUGAGCCUGGUGUCCACUCUGUCCUCUGGCUCCUCCAGGGACAGCCACAGCCUCCACGGCAGUACCACGGCCCUCCCCUCCUCCACACCACCUCCCCCCAGUAGAGAGGACAUUGACCUGGAGCUCAGCCCUGCAAAAGGAGCCAGGGAGCAGCCACAGGCCCAGCUACAGGGCCUCAGCCAGGGGGGGACCAGAGACCAGUGGCGGAGCCACAGUCAAACCAGGUCCCAGUCCAACACCUCCAACAGGAGAGCUUUUGCACCUCUGACCCCAACCUCACCCUUUGCCACUGAAGCCAUGGCGCCCAACCCCAAGCUCAGCUACGUGGACCGUGUAGUCAUGGAGAUCAUUGAGACGGAGCGCAUGUAUGUCAGGGACCUUCGCAGCAUCGUGGAGGAUUACCUGGCUCACAUCAUAGACAUGGACAACCUUCCCAUUCAACCAGACCAGGUUUCUUCCUUGUUUGGGAAUAUAGAGGACAUCUAUUUGUUUAACAGUGAGCUGCUGCAGUCUCUGGACAUGUGUGAAAAUGACCCUGUGGCUGUGGCCAGAUGCUUUGUAGAUAAGAGUGAUGAUUUUGAGAUCUACACGCAGUACUGCACAAACUAUCCCAACUCUGUGGGUGCACUGACAGACUGCAUGAGGAGUAAGACCCUGGCCGAGUUCUUCAGCGAUCGACAGGCCUCUCUCAAGCGUUCUCUCCCCCUGGGCUCCUACCUGCUCAAACCUGUCCAGAGGAUCCUCAAAUACCACCUGCUUCUGCAGGACAUCGCCAAGCACUUUGACCCUGAUGAGGAGGGCUAUGAGGUGGUGCAGGAGGCCAUCGACACCAUGACCGGGGUGGCCUGGUACAUCAAUGACAUGAAGAGGAAACACGAACACUCUGUCAGGCUGCAGGAGAUCCAGUCUCUCCUGAUCAACUGGAAGGGCCCUGACCUCACUACAUUUGGAGAGCUGGUCCUGGAAGGAACUUUCCAGGUACAACGUGCCAAGAAUACCAGGAUGCUGUUCCUCUUCGACAAGAUGCUCCUCAUCACCAAGAAGAGAGGAGAGCACUACGUCUACAAGACCCACAUCUCGUGCUCAACUCUGAUGCUGCUUGACAGUGCCAAGGACCCCCUGCACUUCAGUGUGAUCCACUUCAAGCAUCCCAAGCAGCCUCACACUGUGCAGGCCAAGACUGUAGAGGAGAAGCGCCUCUGGGCUCAUCAUAUCAAGAGGCUGAUUCUAGAGAACCACCACACCAUCGUCCCACAGAAGGCAAAAGAGGCCAUCCUGGAAAAUGAUUCUCUCAUGAUGCUGUGUGCAGACCCAGGAUCAGGGAGGUACCGUUACAGCCCAGAGAGGCUGAAGAACGCUGUAUCCUGCCAGGCUGAAGAUUUCCCUGCAGAAGGACGGCACGGACGCAGGAGAUCAGAACCAGCGAAACAGAUUGUGAGGACAACCAAAGCCAUUCUGAAGCAUGCGGACAGUGAAGGUGCUCUGCUGGGGGACAGGCGUUCCCUGCAACCCUCUGCUAGUGUCAGUAUGCUGGGCUCCAGUCUAGGCAAGCCCAAGGCUGAGAGGCCUAGUGUACAGGAGGACCAGGAGGAGCUAUGUCCCAGUGAUGGUGAGGAUCCUAGGCCAGGGUCCCCGCCCCUCCAGGGGGGCACUGAGCAGGAGGAGGAGGAGAAGGGGGAGAUGAACAUGGAUGAUAUUCUGAUGGAGGACGACCAGGUAGCCGACUUUGCCAGCUCUAUGCUGGCAGCCAUCUCCUGCUGGCACUAUAGGGCCAGUGCUUUGCUUUCCGCUCGGUUCACAACGGAUGAAGAACACUGUGAGGUUGUAGAUGAGAAGAGACCAAUGAGGGUGAGGAUGGAUACAUCAGCCCAGGAGAUCAGUGAAAUGGCUACAGUGGAGGCCUUCACUGACCAGGUGUAUGUGAAGGAGGUGCUUCCUCAAAUCAGUGCUCCUAAUGUAGUGGUGAUGGAAAAGAGUGACGAGAACCCACCCCUAUACACAGAGCCUGAUGCCUUGCCCACCCUGCUUCCCAGACAGCUUGAGACAUCUCAGACACCGGAGCUUGAGAAGAGGAAAGAGGAAAGGUACAAAGAAGGAGAAGAGAAGGAGAGUGGCUGCUCUGCCCACCAACAGGAUGAGAUUAACUCCUCAUCAGUGACCAAUGGAGAGUGUUCAGAGUUGGAGGAUGGGGCGGUGCGGACUGAGCCCAGCAGAAUUCUAACUGUCUCUGUGUUGGACCAGGCCAGUGUAAUUGCUGAGCAUUUUGUCAGCAGCCUGUCCCGGAGAGGCAGCCUGGUGGUCUCAGAGGAGCUGUGUUCCCUGGGCUGCCCCUCACCUCAGCCGGGCAGCAGGAGCAGCAGCAACCCCUGUCUGAGCACCAUGCUCCAGGAGAAGGCCCAGACCCUGGUCAACUCCACCCCAGAACCCCCACUGCUCCUGGAGGCCAACACCUCAAUGCCUGACCCUAGACCAGACCACCUCAUGGAGGUGGAGUGCCAGUUCACUCUCUCCAAGCAAGACCGGAUACUCAUCCACAAGAUCAGGAGGUACUACGAACAUGCUGAGCACCAGGACGCCAGCUUCAGUAUCACACGCAGGGAGAGCCUGUCCUAUAUCCCUGCAGGCCUGGUCAGACACCUGAGCCGGCAGCUUAACGGCAAACCCCAGGACCAGGCGGUUCCAGGGCACCGGAGGAGCUCCCCGAACAUCCGGCCCACCUUUUGGUCAGCUUUCGACCUUCCUGGCAUAGAAAAGGAGCAGAGGACUAAUAAUACCCCUGUGCUGGAGCCACAGAGAGCUGCAGACCCAAAGCCCAGGUCCCAGAGUGUCAAUGAUGCUCCUGUUGGAGAUGAGGAAGAGUUCUUCAGACCCUCCUCGGACAUGGUCCAAGUGUGGCAAGAGAUAGAUGUCAAUGGGACCCUUGAGGAACCCAAGGGUUCCAAUAGUACAGAGGAAAUUUUCCAUCCCAGAUCACAUCUAUCCCGGAAGGGGGGAACCAGCAGAGAUAGCCCUGAAGCUGAGUACAUCGAGCCCAUGAGGAUCCUGGAGGAGUCAGACAUGGGCAGUGUCUCAAAGAAAUCUCCAGUCCCAUUGCCUGUCAUAAUCACCCCAGACCCCUUCUCAGGGCACGAGUCCUGCCAGAAUAAUAUUCCCAAAUCCUGGGAGAUAGGCGCGGUCAGUAGCGCUCCCAUCCCCAGGAUAAUCAGUCUGUGUUCAGAGGUAGAUGAGGACCUGAUCCUGCAGGACAUGGAGAAGAUGAAGAACAAGGUGUUCCAGCUGGCCCGCCAGUACAGCCAGCGCAUCAAGAACAGUAGGCCUGUGGUGAGGCAGAGGAACAGGGAAGUUGAGAAACACCUUGCCCCCAAGAACCUGCCAGCUGUCUACGAGGAGAAGGUCCAAAAGAGAGACUGGGGUAGAGCUAACCUGAUGCUGUCACUCAACUCCUAUGAGCAAGUGGUUGUGCAUGAGCUGAGGACCCCAAGCCCAGCCCCAAGCCUCAGUUCUGGGGCCAGCUCACGGGUCACGUCCCCUUGCCCCAACGGUCCUCCGAGCCCAGUGCAGACAGAGAUUUUCCACUGGCCACAUGUCCAAGAGCUGCGCUCUAAAUACACUGACCCCAGGCUGGACCCGGGUUCCUCCCAUGCCUCACCUGUCAGCCGUAGCUACUCCGUCCCAGAGAGGAUGGAGAGUUGCACUGAGGGGUGCAGCACCUCAUGGAGCCUUGCUGGCUAUUCAUCCAGCUGCAACGGCUCCACAGAAAUGAACAGUGCUCUAACAGACUCCCUUGAGACUACGUCAUCCAUGGCCCACCGGGGUGUGGGCUCUGUGGGGAAGGCUAAGCCCCAGCCCCCGCUGUGCAGGUGGAACUCUUUGGAUCACAUGCUGGGAACACUGCCUCUACAUGAACUGCAAAACCUCCAGGUGCCCACGAGGAGCUGUUGCGUGGCUGGUCAGACCACCCUGCCCAACGAGAACAAGGUCAUUAUAGUGGAGAGGGUUCCUGGCGCAAGGCCUGUGGAGACUGGAGGGAAGGAGAGGGUAGAGGAGGAAGGCUCUAAAGGAAAGGGCCAACUCAAAAUCUUGAAAACCCUCGACUGUGCCAAAGGGUCUCCACUGACUUCAGGCAAAAAUACUGAGGGUAGUCUGGUAAAAAACUUACGGGUGAAAUUCCAGAACUUGGGUUCAACACAUGAACACUUGAAAACUGUAAAGAUCAUGCCUAUUUGAUUGCAUUCUGUAAAUCAUGAAACAAGCCUUUUCUUACCUAAAACAUGAAACAUUGAUGCAUAUGAAUAUUGUCAUUUAGCCAGUAACUAGUGCUACUGUUUUAUGAUUUCCAUUUGGUGAAAUAAUUUUCUACUUCCUUUUUGUUGGUCUUUUCUCACAUCAGUUACUGGUAUGAUAUGUGGUUAUGUAACCUCUGGUGUUAUUGGGGAUAUUGAGCUAUCAAGAGCACCCCAAGGGAAAUUGUGACUUUGUAAAAUGUGUAAAUACUUGUACAUUUCUCUGGUUCUUACACCACCAUGUAAUGUGUAUAUGUAAAGAUAAUGAGUAUGUUUAUAUGGAAAAUGGUUUUGUUUCAUGUUUGAGGGAAAAGAAUGUCAGCGUAUUGGAGCGUAAAUCUGUCCAGAUUACUUUUUUUUUGUCUUUUUUUUUGCUGUAUCACUUAAUCUUUUCCCCCACAAUGCAAUGGUCACCCUCAAUUUGUGAUUCAAUUGCGAGGGUCAUAAGCAAGGAAAUGGUGAAAAGAGGAUUCGGGAAAUUAACAAUUAAUAUAUAAAGGUGGGUAAACCUGGAAGGCUGUGCCACCAUCUAAGUGAUUACUGCAGAUUUACAAUCAAGACGGCGCCAUUAGGACUUGCUCGUCCCUAUUUGACCUUUGACCAAAGUGUUUUUCCCUUAGUUUUGUCAUAAUGGGAGAGAGAUGAUCUGUGCUGUCUACUAUUCAGCCCAUUGUGCCACAUUUAGCACCAUCAUUGUUUUCAUAAAUCACUGGAACUGUUUUUCUGAUUAUUAUAUAUUUCCUUUCUUGUUAUUUAUAAAAUGAUCCUCGUCUUCAUACAAAUAUUGACCAAUACAGUCGUAGACUUUUCCAUUCCAGAAACUACACAGAAUAAUUUAAUGCUUGAAAUGGCAUAUUCUCAAUAAAAUCAGAUAAUAAAUGUA